AUGCCGGGUUACUACCUUCGCGAGGGAUACGGCACGGGCGCCAACAAGUGGAUCCUCUUUAUGGAGGGCGGUGGGUGGUGCUUCAGUGCGAAGCAGUGCGCCAACCGCGCGAUGACGGACCUCGGAAGUUCCGUCAACUGGCCGUCCGUCAGCGACGUGCAUUUCGGCGGAGUCGCGAGUCCCGACGCGGGGAUCAACCCCCAGUUCUACAACUGGAAUGUGGUGCUCGUAAAGUACUGCGACGGUAGCUCCUUCGCGGGCGGGUCGGGCAAGAAGAACAAGACGGAGGAGACCGGCAAGACACUCUACUACCGGGGACACUGGAACUUGAACGGCGUGCUUCAAGAUCUGCUGGACAAUCAGAACCUGAACCACGGGGAGGAGGUGCUGGUGGGGGGCUGCAGCGCGGGCGCGGUGGCAGUGUCAAUCAAGUGUGACCAGAUUGCCACGUGGCUCAAGGAUUACGGCGUUAAAACCAAGUGCUUCAUGGACGGAGGGUUCUUCCCAGACGUGGUGGAUGUGAACGGCGAGCGGUCGCUGCGGGAGAAGGUGCAGCGGCUGGCAACGCUGCACGACAUCGACCGAAUUGGGAUCAACGGCGACUGCAAGGAUGCCAUGGAGCCAAGUGAUUCCACGUGGAAGUGUUUCUUCCCCGAGUACAAUCUCAAGUUCGUCAAAUCGCCAAUGUUCGUCGUGAAUUCGCUGGUGGACUACAAGGCCGUCGCGAUCGCCAUGUCACCAAAGGCGAAGGGGAAAGCCAACCCGCUCGUACGCUGCCUCGGUUCCCACUUCAAAAAGUGCACCCCGCAACAGAUCCAGCAGCUACAGUACUUCUCCAACAACAUUAAAAACUCGUUGGGCAGCGUGCAGAAAAACCGGCAAGCGGCGGGGGUUCCGUUUGAAACGUUCACAUUCACUGAAUCUACCCACUGCGUGGUGGGAGACCAAAUGUGGCAGAAGCUUCAGGAUGACGUGUCAGGAGGCGGCGGGGGAGGGAAUGGUGUGGCGGGUGCUGCGUCUACUGGUCUCAAUCCCACCAACAAGAAACCUAAUUUGGCGGGAUCCUUCAAUAGCUGGUAUCACUAA